AGAAGAAAAGCCAAGAGAAAAGUAAAAAAGAAAUUUUUCUUCGCGGAUUUAACUACACCCAAGAACGACUAAAAUUAAAAUAUAAGUACUAAAAGAAUUAAUUAAAUUUUAUAUUAAACGAAUUGUUUAUUGUUGAAAGUUGUCGAAAUAAUUAUUUUUAAUAAAUAAAGUGUAAUAUUCAAGAGACAAAUUGCAUUAUAUUGCUGUAAUAAUAAUAAUACAAAAACAAUAGCACUCAUACAAUUCAAAGAAAGAAACCAACUACGACAAAAACAACAACAGCAGCAACAACAACAUAGAAAAUGCCACUCUUUGGAAAAUCACAAAAGACCCCUGCCGAAUUGGUUAAAUCAUUAAAAGAUGCAAUUAAUGCACUAGAAACGGGCGGUGAUCGUAAAGUAGAGAAAGCGCAAGAAGAUGUUAGUAAAAAUCUUGUAUCUAUAAAAAAUAUGUUAUAUGGCAGCAGUGAUGCGGAGCCGCCAGCUGAUUAUGUUGUGGCACAACUGUCUCAGGAACUCUAUAAUAGUAAUUUAUUAUUAAUGCUGAUACAAAAUCUGCAUCGAAUUGAUUUCGAGGGCAAAAAACACGUAGCGCUUAUAUUUAAUAAUGUAUUGCGGCGACAGAUUGGAACACGUUCACCCACAGUUGAGUAUAUUUGCACUAAACCGGAGAUAUUGUUUACGCUAAUGGCUGGGUAUGAAGAUGCACAUCCCGAGAUUGCAUUAAAUUCGGGUACAAUGUUGCGGGAGUGUGCCCGUUUCGAGGCGUUAGCAAAAAUAAUGUUGCACUCGGAAGAAUUCUUUAAAUUUUUCCGAUAUGUAGAGGUUUCUACCUUUGAUAUUGCUUCCGAUGCAUUUUCGACAUUUAAAGAACUAUUGACACGUCACAAAUUGCUGUGUGCCGAAUUUCUAGAGGCCAACUAUGAUAAGUUUUUCACACAACACUAUCAGAGAUUAUUAAAUUCAGAAAAUUAUGUGACCCGGCGUCAGAGUUUAAAAUUACUCGGUGAACUGCUGCUGGAUCGGCAUAAUUUUAGUGUAAUGACAAGGUAUAUAUCAGAACCAGAAAAUCUGAAAUUAAUGAUGAAUAUGCUGAAAGAGAAAUCGCGAAACAUACAAUUUGAGGCCUUCCACGUGUUUAAGGUAUUCGUCGCAAAUCCCAAUAAACCGAAACCUAUACUUGAUAUACUGUUAAGAAAUCAAUCCAAAUUAGUAGAUUUUUUAACUAACUUCCAUACAGAUCGAUCUGAGGAUGAGCAAUUCAAUGAUGAGAAAGCGUAUCUGAUCAAACAGAUAAAAGAGCUUAAGCCAUUGCCUGAAGCUUAGUGAGCCGGCCAAAAAGAAAAAAUAAAUAAAAAAUACUACAUAUUUAUUAUAUAUAUAAAUAUUAAUAUACUUAUAUGUAUAUAAAGUAAUGAUGAUAAUGAUAAUGAUGAUGAUGAUGAAUGGCCGCCUGGCAGUACUGAAAGAUUUACUAGACAUAUUAUAAUAGGUGACAGACAGACAGAGAUACUUGGUAUAUAUAAAUAUUAAUAAUAAUUAAGCAAAUAAAUUAAUACAAUAAUUAAUUAAAAAUUAAAUUUUACAAAAUGCAAAUAUAAUUAAAUUUAAAGAAAACACAAAUU